AUGAUUGCGAAAUAUAAAUCAACGAAAUGUAUUGGAAAUUUGAUCGGUCGAGGACGAAAACGGAAGACAACAGCCCAUCUUGACCGUGUCAUUCAGCGUAAAAUCAAAACCAAUCGUCGAAAAUCGGCUCUGGCUGUCAAAAUUGAACUUCAAACUGAGCUCAACAUAACUGUUUCUGAAUCAACGAUUAGUCGGCGAGCUCAUGAAAUCGGUUUAUAUGGUCGUGUAGCUCGUAAGAAACCAUUGGUAACUAAAGCUAACCGUGGUAAACGUGUUCAAUAUGCUCGAAAGUAUCGAGAAAAACCUCUUGGCUUUUGGAAUAAUGUUUUAUGGUCUGAUGAGAAUUUAGCUCAAUGA